AUGCUUCUUGUGUUGGCUGCAGCCAUGGUAGCAAUCACCUGGCUUGCAUUUGGGCUGAUCGCUCCAUCACCUCCGACAAAAGGCAGCCAGGGGCCCUUACCUGGCCCACCAGGCAAACCAAUCGUUGGAAACCUCUUUGAGAUCCCCCCGUACCAUUCCUGGCUCAAGUUCAAGGAAUGGGCUGACAUUUACGGGCCAGUCUUCCGCCUCAACCUCAUGGGCCGGCAACACGUUGUAUUGUCAACCGAGAAGGCCGCCAAUGAUCUCCUGCGUGAGCGAGGGACAUAUUAUUCGUCGCGUGAGUUCCUGCCAAUGGCGUCUGGAAUCCUCUCGCGCGAGAUGAGGCCUUUGCUUCUCCCGUACAAUGACCGAUGGCGCCGAGGGCGCAAGCUAAUGCAUCAGUUAACGAUGCCGGCAGCAGCCGACUCUUACCAGGCUGUCCAGGACUACGAGUCCAAGAAACUGCUUGUCUCCCUGCUCGAGGCACCUGACAAGUACGACAAGUGGUUUGAGCUGUACGCCUCCGGGGUUGUUUUCCGGAUUGGAUUCAGCAAAUGGAUUGAAACCGGCGAGGAGCCUGCUGUAAAAAGAAUCAUCCAGGUUAACCAUAAUCUCGAGCGAGUCGCAUCCCCUGGAUCCUACCUGGUUGAUUCAAUCCCACUUCUUAGCUACCUGCCUGAAUUCCUGGCCCCCUUCAAGCGCGAGGGACGGAGAUUGCACAAUGAAGAGCUGAGCCUCUUUCGGGAACUGCAGUCUGACGUGCGGCGUGAAGUGGACAAUGGCUCUGAGGCACAGUCCUUUACGCGCACCUUCCUUGAGAACAAGAACAGCUACCAGCUCUCCGACGACGAGGGGGCCUAUGUGAUCGGCACUCUGUUCGAGGCUGGAAGCGGCACGACCGCAGCGGCCAUGAUGUCCUACUGCCUGGCCAUGUGCCAUUUCCCGGAAUGGCAGAAGCGGAUGCAGGACGAACUGGACGAGCAGGUCGGCGAGCGCAUGCCGGAAUUCAAGGACAUGCCAAUCCUGCCGACGGUGCGUGCUGUUACCAAGGAGGUGUUGCGGUGGCGCCCCGUCACCGCAGGUGGCUUUCCUCACCAGCUGACCAAGGACGACGAGUAUAAUGGGUUUUUCUUCACUAAAGGGACCAUCUUCCAUCCCAACCAAUGGGCCAUCCACCGAGACCCGGCACUGUACCCUGACCCAGACAACUUCCGACCAGAGAGAUGGCUGGACCCAGCGUUCCCAACCACCUACAAGGAACCGCUGUCCAAGUUCCCCAACCUGCAGAACUUCAGCUGUUUCGGGUUCGGGCGCCGCAUCUGCCCAGGCCAGAACAUCGCUGAGCGGUCUCUGCACAUCUUAACGGCCCGCAUCGCCUGGGCAGGCAGCAUCGCUAGGAAGAGAGGCCCCGACGGAAAAGAGCUGCUGCUGCCGCUGUACGACUACACCCGGGGCUUCAACACGCAGCCAGAGCACUUUGCCUUUGACAUGGUUGCGCGUUCGCAGGAGCGGCAUGAAGCCAUCAAGGAAUCUCUCAAGGACGCAAGGUCGAAACGCCCUGCGUAG